UUCUGGGUGCCAAGUAACGCUGAAGUUUUGACUGGCCCUUUGCUCUCUUUUCGUUGUGGGUUUGAUAUUCCUUAUGGAUAUAUGCUUAUUUCUCUAACUUGAAGAUCCUUCUAUUAUAAGACUAUUAAGACUAUUUUUGCAACUUUGACGGAUGUUUAUAAUUCAUUGUGUUUGAACACCUUACUCUAAGGAGAAGUUUCUAUUGAAGCCAAGAAACAACUAACUAAGAAGUAGGGGCCCUUCACCUCACUUCAUUCCUCUUCUGGAUUUAACAUAUACAAUAGAAGAACCCAAGGAUUGGACUAAAUUUGUAUAAGAACAUCACAAAGUGACUAUUUGUGUAUGGACACUAGAAGUUCUGUUCGUAGAAAAGAAGCUAAAGAACAAAGUAAUAAUAUGGCACAACCCAAAAAAACUUUGACUCAAAGCCAAUUGCAGUUAACAACUCAAAGGAGAGGAUCAUUGGAAGAUAGUAUCAAGGUCACAGAUCCUAAUAUUUUGCUAUUGGAUGAAAUCAGGAAAAUUAGACAAGAAAUGAAAGAAUUAAGAUCAGAAUUGAAAGAGGACAUUAAGAAAGCGAGUCAGGAAACUAGAGAAGAAAUCAAGGAAACGAGAUCUGAAAUUAAGGAAACUAGGUCCGAGAUUAGAAAAGACUUAAAGAAGGAAUUAGAUAUCUUAGGGAAGAGAAUGGAUAAAAUCUCAACAGAUGUAUCUAAAACUCAAAAGUAUCUAGACACUUAUAAAGUAAAAACACUGGAAUUAGAGAAAUCUAAUACAGACUUAGUACAAAAACAGGAGCAACAAUACUGGAAAGAUUUGAAUCAAGAAUUAAAAUAUAGAGAAAAAUCUAUUAAAAUCAGAGGGGUAAGUGAAAAACCUGGGGAAAAUUUAUUUGAACGUAUUGUUCCGUCUUUAGCUGAAUUUAUAGGUUUCUCUUUGGAAAGGACAGAAUGGGAGAUAGAUAAAAUCUUCAGAAUACAAUCUAGCCAAGCAAAGGAUAAGAAUUUGCCAAGAGACAUUGUGGUAAGUUGUGUGAGAUCCAGGAUUAGAGAUAUAAUAAUUCACAACAGUUACAAUAAUAAAUUGAUCAUAGAGGAUAAAGAAGCUAAGAUAUUUAAGGAUAUUCCACCAGCCGUUAUGUUGUCUUGUCAAAAAUACAGGACCUUGGUUAAUAUUUUGAAGAACUUAGGUAUUGACUUUAGGUGGGAGAGACUUGAAGGUCUCUCUUUCACUUAUCGUCAGAAAAGACACAAGAUUGACAAUAUUGAUAGAGCUAAAGAGAUGGAAGAAAGAUUAAGAAAGGACUUUAAAGAAAACAAAGGUGAUUUUGGACCUAACCGGUUUCGGAUGAGAGAAUGGAGAUCAAACGAAGUACGUAAUACUGAACCUAAAGAGGGAAGUAGCAGUGGAAAUGAUCCAGAGAACACUAAAGAUCAAGAGAGUCAGGAUAAUAAAGAAAUAGGCACAUUGGAAACAAGUGGAAACUUAUUAGGAACCUUUUAAGAAGGAAUAAUAAGAGACUUAAAGGAAGUCCUUCUUAGAUCUCUAAUUCUUGAUUCAAUUAACUAAUUCCCCAAAAGAAGCUCUCAGCAGACUGUAAGAAGGAAUUGUGUUGAGUUGAUAAGUAAUUUUACUUUUCUAAUAAAUUUUUUUUUUCUUUUACUCUUUUCCUUUGCUGGUCAUUAUUGGAUUAGUAAGUAUUAUUUAAAAUGGCGAUAAAAAUCAUUUCCUGGAAUGUUAAAGGAAUUAAUUCAAAAUUUAAAAGAAGCCGUGUAUUUCAUGCAUUGGAAAAACUUAAGGGAGAUAUAAUCUGCAUACAGGAAAUUAAAAUUAAAAAGAAGGAAGAACGACUUUUAAGAAACCCCAAGUUAGGGAGCUGUUUUUGUUCUUUAUUAGAUGCUAAGAGAAGAGGAAUCGCAAUCUUUGUUAAUAAAAAAUUAGAAUCAAAAGAGAUCUUCAAAGAUAAUAAUGGAUCGUAUGUAGCCGUAGAA